CCGACGCCGUAUAAGAAGGGACCGAGCGGACGUUUCGCUCCCAGGUCCAGAGACGCUUCGUCCCCCUGCCCGCCUCCUGUCGCCGAGCACGGCGUGACCCGAGCGCCGGAUCGGGCCCACUCGGGGAAGCGACGGCGGGACGGCAGCGGGAGCGCCAGUAGCACCGGCGGCGGCGGCGGCGGCGGCCCCGCUCCCCACCUGCCCGCGGAAGGAGGGCUGGAGCUGCGAUCGCCGUCGCGGAGCGGCGGCUGGUGCCCCCGGCCCGCACCCGUCGCGCCGCGGCCGUGCGGCGCCGCGUCCCGCUCGCCCAUGAGCGCCGCCGCUCUCUACAGCCUGGACUCCCCGGCAUGUUAUAAGAGCUGGUGCCUGGAGCCCGCCAACUUCUACGACGCCAAGGUGGGCAGCGGCGGCGGGCCCGCGCCCGCCUGCAAGCCGGGGGGCCGCGGCGGCGGCUGCGGGAUGAGCGGCGAGGAGGCGGGGGGCGGCCUGGGGGGCAGCGGCACCAACCUGGCGGAGCUGAGCGCCGCCGCCCCGGCCAUGUACGAGGACGAGAGCGCCAUCGACUUCAGCUCCUACAUUGACUCCAUGUCGGCCGUGCCCAACCUGGAGCUGUGCAACGACGAGCUCUUCGCCGACCUCUUCAACAGCAACCACAAGCCCGAGCGGGGCGGGGACUACGGCGAGUACCUGCCGCCGGGCGGCGGCGCCGGCCGCGACCCCGCCAAGGACCUCGGCGCUGCCAUGACCACCCUGCUGGGCGCCGAGCCCCGCACCGCCUCCUCCUCCUCCUCCCCCUCCUCCUCCUCCUCCUCCUCUUCCUCCUCCUCCUCCUCCUCCUCCCGCGGCGCCCUGAAGCAGGAGCCGGACUGGAGCGACAGCGACCUCUCCUCCUCGCUGCUGCCCUCGCAGAUCGCCACCUGCGCCCAGACCAUCAUGAACCUGAGCGGGCAGCCCACGCCGCCCACGUCCCCCGAGCCGCCGGGCAGCAGCUCCCCCUCCAGCUGCAGCACCCGCUCCCCGGGCCCCGCCGCCGCCGCCGGCCCGGCCCCGGGCGUCCCGCCGCCGCCGCCGCCGGCCCCGGCCCCCGGCGGGAAGGAGCGGGGCGGCAAGAAGUGCGUGGACAGGUUUAGCCCCGAGUACCGGCAGCGCCGGGAGCGCAACAACAUCGCCGUGCGCAAGAGCCGCGACAAGGCGAAGCGGCGCAACCAGGAGAUGCAGCAGAAGCUGCUCGAGCUCUCGGCCGAGAACGAGAAGCUGCACAAGAAGAUCGAGCAGCUCACCCGGGACUUGACCAGCCUCCGGCACUUCUUCAAGCAGCUGCCCAGCGCCUCCUUCCUGCAGCCCGGCUCGGGCACCGACUGCCGGUAACCGGGGGGGAGCGGGACGGAGAGACGGACUCCGGCACACCGUGGAUAAAUACCUCAGAGGGCCGGGCCGGGCCGGGCCGGGCCGAGCUGGGCCAGGCCUGGCCUACCCUUGCCGGGGCGGGCCGGGCCGCGGCGCCCCGGGCCGGGCCGGGCGCGGGGAGGAGGCGCGAAGCCGCCGUGGGACCCGCCGGCCCCGCCGCCGCUUUGCGAGGGUGGCAGCGACGCGGGGCCAUGCCUGGGUCUUCCACCGCGAAAGUUGCAAAAAAAAAAAAAAAAAAAAAAGGAAAAAAGCUAAAUAUCUUCCGGGGUUUUUUUGUUUGUUCGUUUUUUUUUUUUCUCUUCCCCUUAAAUUAUUUUUGUAAUGGUAGUUUUUUCGCCUUUUCUACAUUUUACUCGUACAGAAGCAGCUAUGGUAAAUCUGUUAAAAUGAUUCAAAACCCCAUGUAUUUUAGGCAGUAGGAUGAAAAAAAGAGAGACUGAGCAUGCUCGACCUUUUAUAUCAAUUUUUACAGCAUUUCUAAGGAUAAUAAUAAUAAUUAUAAUAAAAAGCAUUUUAAAUCA